AUGGGGCCGGGGCCCCGGGGCCGCCGCCCCCGCCGCCGUCGCCCGAUGUCUCCGCCGCCACCCCUGCCGUCCGUGCGGACGCUGCCCUUAUUGCUGCUGCUAGCGGGGCCGGGGGCUGCAGCAUCCCCCUGCCUGGACGGAAGCCCGUGUGUGAACGGAGGUCGCUGCACCCAGCUGCCCUCCCGGGAGGCUGCCUGCCUGUGCCCACCAGGCUGGGUGGGUGAACGGUGUCAGCUGGAAGACCCCUGCCAUUCCGGCCCCUGUGCUGGCCGUGGUGUCUGCCAGAGCUCAGUGGUGGCGGGGACCGCCCGGUUCACCUGCCGCUGUCCCCGGGGCUUCCGAGGCCCCGACUGCUCCCUGCCAGACCCCUGCCUCAGCAGCCCUUGUGCCCAUGGUGCCCGCUGCUCCGUGGGCUCCGACGGCCGCUACCUGUGCUCCUGCCCACCCGGCUUCCAGGGCCGCAGCUGCCGGAGCGACGUGGACGAGUGCCGGGUGGGCGCGCCCUGCCGCCACGGUGGCACCUGCCUCAACACGCCCGGCUCCUUCCGCUGCCAGUGCCCAGGUGGCUACACGGGGCCCCUGUGUGAGAGCGCCGCGGCGCCCUGCGCUCCCUCCCUGUGCCGCAACGGGGGCACCUGCAGGCAGAGCGGCGACCUCACCUACGACUGUGCCUGCCUUCCUGGGUUUGAGGGCCAGAACUGUGAAGUGAAUGUGGACGACUGUCCAGGGCACCGGUGUCUAAACGGGGGGACGUGCGUGGAUGGUGUCAACACCUACAACUGCCAGUGCCCUCCUGAGUGGACAGGCCAGUUCUGUACAGAGGACGUGGACGAGUGUCAGCUGCAGCCCAACGCUUGCCACAACGGGGGCACCUGCUUCAACACACUGGGUGGCCACAGUUGUGUGUGUGUCAAUGGCUGGACGGGUGAGAGCUGCAGUCAGAAUAUUGAUGACUGUGCCACGGCUGUGUGCUUCCACGGGGCCACUUGCCACGACCGUGUGGCCUCUUUUUACUGUGCCUGCCCCAUGGGCAAAACUGGACUUUUGUGUCAUCUGGACGAUGCUUGUGUCAGCAACCCCUGUCACGAGGAUGCUAUCUGUGACACGAACCCAGUGAAUGGCCGGGCCAUCUGCACCUGUCCACCGGGUUUCACAGGCGGAGCUUGCGACCAGGACGUGGACGAGUGUUCCAUUGGUGCCAACCCUUGUGAGCACCUGGGCCGGUGUGUGAACACACAGGGCUCAUUCCUGUGCCAGUGCGGCCGUGGCUACACUGGCCCGCGCUGUGAGACUGAUGUCAAUGAAUGCCUGUCAGGACCCUGCCGCAACCAGGCCACGUGUCUGGACCGCAUAGGCCAGUUUACCUGCAUCUGCAUGGCAGGUUUCACCGGCACCUAUUGUGAGGUGGAUAUGGAUGAGUGUCAGAGCAGCCCGUGUGUGAACGGUGGGGUCUGCAAGGACAGAGUCAAUGGCUUCAGCUGCACGUGCCCCUCGGGCUUCAGUGGGGCCAUGUGUCAGCUGGAUGUGGAUGAGUGUGCCAGCACACCCUGCCGGAACGGAGCCAAGUGCGUGGACCAGCCAGAUGGCUACGAGUGCCGCUGCGCAGAGGGCUUCGAGGGCACAGUGUGUGAGCGCAACGUGGAUGACUGCUCGCCAGACCCUUGCCACCACGGGCGCUGUGUGGACGGCAUCGCCAGUUUCUCAUGCGCCUGUGCCCCGGGCUACACCGGCAUGCGCUGUGAAAGCCAGGUGGAUGAGUGCCGAAGCCAGCCCUGCCGACACGGAGGCAAAUGCCUAGACCUGGUGGACAAAUACCUCUGCCGCUGCCCUCCUGGCACCACAGGUGUGAACUGUGAAGUGAACACUGAUGAUUGUGCUAGCAACCCCUGCACCUUUGGAGUCUGCCGGGACGGCAUCAACCGCUAUGACUGUGUCUGCCAGCCUGGAUUCACAGGGCCCCUCUGCAACGUGGAGAUCAACGAGUGUGCGUCCAACCCCUGCGGCGAGGGAGCCUCCUGCGUGGAUGGUGAAAAUGGCUUCCGAUGCCUCUGCCCACCUGGCUCCCUGCCCCCGCUCUGCCUUCCCCCAAGCCAUCCUUGCGCCCAGGAACCCUGCAGUCAUGGCAUCUGCCACGAUGCGCCUGGAGGGUUCCGCUGUGUGUGUGAACCUGGCUGGAGUGGCCCUCAGUGCAGUCAGAGCCUCACUCGAGAUGCCUGUGAAUCCCGUCCCUGCCGGGCAGGCGGCACCUGCACCAGUGAUGGAAUGGGCUUCCGCUGCACCUGUCCCCCUGGUAUCCAGGGCCAUCAGUGUGAGCUGCUGUCCCCCUGCACCCCGAAUCCCUGUGAGCAUGGGGGCUACUGUGAGUCUGCUCCUGGCCAGCUGGCUGUCUGCUCCUGCACCCCUGGUUGGCAAGGCCCACGAUGUCAGCAGGAUAUGGAUGAGUGUGCCAGCCUCUCACCCUGUGGUCCCCAUGGUACCUGCACCAACCUGGCAGGGAGUUUCAGCUGCACCUGCCAUGAGGGCUACAGUGGCCCUUCCUGUGAUCAGGACAUCGAUGACUGUGACCCCAACCCCUGCCUGAAUGGUGGCUCAUGUCAGGACGGAGUGGGCUCCUUUUCCUGCUCCUGCCUCCCUGGCUUUGCUGGCCCCCGCUGCGCCCGAGACGUGGACGAGUGUCUGAGCAGCCCCUGCGGCUCAGGCACCUGCACAGACCACGUGGCCUCCUUCACCUGCACCUGCCCGCCCGGUUAUGGCGGCUUCCGCUGCGAGCAGGACCUCCCCGACUGCAGUCCCAGCUCCUGCUUCAAUGGAGGGACCUGCGUGGAUGGUGUGAACUCCUUCACCUGCCUGUGCCGCGCGGGCUACACUGGCGCACACUGCCAGCAUGAGACGGACCCUUGCCUCUCGCGGCCCUGCAUGCACGGGGGCGUCUGCACUGCCGCCCACCCCGGCUUCCGCUGCGCCUGCCCAGGGGGCUUCACCGGCACUCAGUGCCAGACGCUGGUGGACUGGUGCAGCCGCUCGCCCUGUCAGAAUGGGGGUCGCUGUGCCCGGACAGGGUCCUCUUUCUACUGCCUUUGCCCCCCGGGGUGGAGCGGCCGCCUAUGUGACAUCCGGAGCCUGCCCUGCAGAGAGGCUGCAGCCCAAAUCGGGGUGCCCACGGAGCAGCUGUGUCAGGCGGGUGGGCAGUGUGUGGACAAGGACAGCUCCCACUACUGUGUGUGCCCAGAGGGCCACACCGGCAGCCACUGUGAGCAGGAGAUGGACCCCUGCUUGGCUCAGCCCUGCCAGCAUGGGGGCACCUGCCGAGGCUACCUGGGCGGUUAUGUGUGCGAGUGUCCAGCCGGCUACACUGGUGACAGCUGUGAGGAUGAUAUAGACGAGUGUGCCUCCCAGCCCUGCCAGCAUGGGGGCAUCUGCAUUGACCUCGUGGCCCACUAUCUCUGCUCCUGUCCCCCAGGGACGCUGGGCGUGCUCUGCGAGAUUAAUGAGGAUGACUGUGGCCCAGGCCCUGCCCUGGACCUGGGGCCUCGGUGCCUGCACAAUGGUACCUGCGUGGACCUGGUGGGUGGGUUCCGCUGCACCUGCCUCCCAGGAUACACUGGCCUGCGCUGUGAGGGGGACAUCAAUGAGUGUCGCCCAGGUGCCUGCCAUGCGGCGCAUACCCGGGACUGCCUGCAGGACCCAGGUGGGGGCUUCCGCUGCCUGUGUCACCCUGGCUUCACAGGUCCCCGCUGUCAGACUGUCUUGUCUCCCUGUGAGUCUCAGCAUUGUCAGCAUGGAGGCCAGUGCCGUCCCAGCCCCGGCCCUGGGGGUGUGCUGACUUUCUCUUGCCACUGCAUCCCGCCGUUCUGGGGCCCGCGUUGCGAGCGGGUGGCACGCUCCUGCCGGGAGCUGCAGUGCCCAAUGGGUGUCCCGUGCCAGCAGACGGUCCGUGGACCGCGCUGCGUCUGCCCCCCGGGGCUGUCGGGUCCCUCCUGCCGGGGUUCCCGGGGGUCGCCCCCCGGGGCCGGCAACGCUAGUUGCGCGACCUCUCCCUGCCUCCACGGGGGCUCCUGCCGCCCGGAGCCGCUCGCGCCCUUCUUCCGCUGCGCUUGCGCGCCAGGCUGGGCCGGGCCGCGCUGCGAGGUGCCCGCGACGAUGCCCGAGGUAUCCGUGGCGAUGCCCGAGGUCCCGGAGGAGCCGGCGUGCCCGAGAGCCGCCUGCGAGGCCAAGAGCGGCGACAAGAACUGCGACCGCGAGUGCAACAGCCCCGGCUGCGGCUGGGACGGCGGCGACUGCUCUCUGAGCGUGAGCGACCCCUGGCGGCAGUGCGCGGCGCUGCAGUGCUGGCUCUUGUUCAACAACAGCCGCUGCGACCCCGCCUGCAGCUCGCCCGCCUGCCUCUACGACAACUUCGACUGCCGCGCCGGCGGCCGCGAGCGCACCUGCAACCCAGUGUAUGAGAAGUACUGCGCGGACCACUUCGCUGACGGCCGCUGCGACCAGGGCUGUAACACGGAGGAGUGCGGCUGGGACGGCCUGGACUGUGCGGGUGAGGUGCCGGCCCUGCUGGCCCGUGGCGUCCUGGUGCUCACAGUGCUGCUGCCGCCGGAGGAGCUGCUGCGCUCCAGCGCCGACUUCCUGCAGCGGCUCAGCGGCAUCCUGCGCACCUCGCUGCGCUUCCGUCUGGACGAGAACGGUCAGGCCAUGGUCUUCCCUUACCAUCGGCCCGGGCCUGGCGCUGAGUCCCGGAAUCGGCGGGAGCUGGCCCCCGAGGUGAUCGGCUCUGUAGUGAUGCUGGAGAUUGACAACCGUCUGUGCCUGCAGUCGCCCGAGAAUGACCACUGUUUCCCUGACGCUCAGAGCGCGGCGGACUAUUUGGGAGCGUUGUCGGCGGUGGAGCGCCUUGACUUCCCCUACCCACUGCGGGCGGCGCGGGGGGAGCCGGUGGAGCUGCCGGAACCAAGCGUGCCGCUGUUACCGCUGCUGGCGGCCAGCGGCAUCUUCCUGUUGGUCCUCCUGGUCCUCGGCGUCAUGGUGGCCCGCCGCAAGCGUGAGCACAGCACCCUCUGGUUCCCCGAGGGCUUCGCGCUGCACAAGGAUGUGGCCGCGGGACACAAGGGCCGGCGGGAACCCGUGGGCCAAGACGCGCUGGGCAUGAAGAACAUGGCUAAGGGUGAGAGUCUGAUGGGGGAGGUGGCCACCGACUGGAUGGACACAGAGUGCCCGGAGGCCAAGCGACUGAAGGUGGAGGAGCCUGGUGUGGGGACUGAGGACGCUGUGGAUUGCCGCCAGUGGACUCAACACCACCUGGUUGCCGCCGACAUCCGCGUGGCACCAGCCAUGGCCUUGACACCGCCGCAGGGCGAUGCAGAUGCGGAUGGCAUGGAUGUCAACGUGCGCGGUCCAGAUGGCUUCACCCCUCUAAUGCUGGCCUCCUUCUGCGGGGGAGCCCUGGAGCCAAUCCCAGCUGAAGAGGAUGAGGCAGAAGACACAUCAGCCAGUAUCAUCUCAGACCUGAUCUGCCAGGGGGCACAGCUUGGGGCUCGGACUGACCGUACUGGCGAGACAGCCCUGCACCUGGCUGCCCGCUAUGCCCGGGCUGACGCGGCCAAGCGGCUGCUGGACGCUGGGGCAGACACCAAUGCCCAGGACCACUCUGGCCGCACCCCUCUGCACACAGCCGUCACUGCUGAUGCCCAGGGCGUCUUCCAGAUUCUCAUCCGGAACCGCUCUACAGACCUGGAUGCUCGCAUGGCAGACGGCUCCACGGCACUGAUCCUGGCAGCCCGCCUGGCGGUGGAGGGCAUGGUGGAAGAGCUCAUUGCCAGCCACGCUGAUGUCAAUGCUGUGGAUGAGCUCGGAAAAUCGGCCUUACACUGGGCUGCAGCUGUCAACAACGUGGAGGCCACCUUGGCUCUGCUCAAAAACGGAGCCAACAAGGACAUGCAGGAUAGCAAGGAAGAGACCCCACUGUUCCUGGCCGCUCGGGAGGGCAGCUUCGAGGCGGCCAAGCUGCUGCUGGACCACUUUGCCAACCGGGAGAUCACAGACCACCUGGACAGGCUGCCCCGGGACGUGGCCCAGGAGAGGCUGCACCAGGACAUCGUGCGCUUGCUGGACCAGCCCAGCGGGCCCCGCAGCCCUCCGGGCCCCCACGGCCUGGGGCCCUUGCUCUGCCCGCCCGGGGCCUUCCUCCCCGGCCUCAAGGUGGCGCAGGCCGGGGCCAAGAAGAGCCGGAGGCCCCCGGGGAAGGCGGGGCUGGGGCCGCAGGGCACCCGGGGGCGGGGCAAGAAGCUGACGCUGGCCUGCCCGGGGCCCUUGGCCGACAGCUCGGUCACGCUCUCGCCCGUGGACUCGCUGGACUCCCCGCGGGCCUUUGGCGGGCCCCCCGCGUCCCCUGGCGGCUUCCCCCUCGAGGGGCCCUACGCGGCCGCCACGGCCACGGCCGUGUCUCUGGCGCAGCUGGGUGGCGCGGGCCGGGCGGGUCUAGGGCGCCAGCCCCCUGGGGGCUGCGUGCUCAGCCUGGGCUUGUUGAACCCCGUGGCCGUACCCCUCGACUGGGCCCGGCUGCCCCCACCCGCCCCUCCAGGCCCCUCCUUCCUGCUGCCGCUGGCCCCGGGACCCCAGCUGCUGAACCCCGGGAAUCCCGUGUCCCCCCAGGAGCGGCCCCCGCCCUACCUGGCCGCCCCAGGACACGGCGAGGAAUUCCCCGCAGUGGCUGGGGCCCACGGCAGCCCCCCCAAGGCCCGCUUCCUGCGGGUCCCCAGCGAGCACCCUUACUUGACCCCAUCCCCCGAGUCCCCCGAGCACUGGGCCAGCCCCUCCCCGCCCUCACUGUCGGACUGGUCUGACUCCACGCCCAGCCCGGCCACUGCCACCGGGGCCACGGCCACAGCUGCUGGGUCGCUGUCGGCCCAGCCCCUCCCCCUGUCUGUCCCUGGCGCUCUUGCUCAGGCCCAGACCCAGCUAGGGCCCCAGCCUGAAGUCACCCCCAAGAGGCAAGUGUUGGCCUGA